AGUCAUAGUCACAUGUGUUCCAUAUCGUUCACAUGUGUCCAUAACACAAAGGACCAUAUCUAUAAGAGUUAAUCUUUGUGGGUUUUGACCAGAUCUUUCAAUGGCUCUUUAAGUUAGGAAAGGAAACGGGGAGAUCAGAGUCCAGUUCAGUCAGUGGCACUGAUCAAACCACAACUCUAGCAAAUUACACAGAUCAGAGAACAAGAAGAUCAUCUACAAGAGGGUCUAAACAUAGAAACAGUUACAGAGGAAUCUGGUUAUGGUGUAGAAAAGAUGUAGCAAAGGCUUGUUUCUAUAGCACACUGAAUUUAAGAAGAGUUAGUAGCUUUAGGAGGGAACAGCUAGUUCGCACCAUGGCAAAGAUGAAAGCACAAAGAGGAGGAGGAGAAGAAGUGACAUCAACAAGGUUUGAUCCUAAAAAGGCUAUCAAAGUCUUGGAACCGGAGAAACAAGACGAAGCCAAUAAAGAGAAGGCGAAAAGCGAACAGAGCAAAGGUAAAGCCACACUUUUAAGAAUGAAGGAGCUCAUCAAAUGGGCUGCAGCAGCCAAAUCCGACAAAGCUGUCAAAUUCUUUACUCCUAAGAUAAUGAUGGAGUUGAGAAACCGAAAAAAGUUGAAGAUGAUGAGAGAGGUGAAUAAUGAAGAGUCAACAAAAAGGAUGAGUAGUGUAUCGGGAAAUAUAAGUUUGAGAUGGGAGAGUAGUGAGAGUUGCACAACACACUCUUCCUCUGAUCAGAUCUCUAUAGUUUCUUCACCAGCAAUCCUUGUUUCCUUGGGUCCUACGCCACUCUACCACUGCAGAUCCAGGAAAGGCAACUGGAUCACUACUGAUUCUGAAUUUGUGGUGUUAGAGUUAUGAAGAGAAAAAUUAGGUGUGGUGGAUGAAGGCAACGACAAGGACAACCAAUUGAUUCUCAUCCCUAGAUAAAUUUUGCAAGUAAAAAUCCAAUGCCACUGUAAUUAACCUUUACCAUUGUUCUUCGGUGAUUUCAAUUUUCUUUAUGUACUAUUAUAGAAUUGAGUAUGAUGAAGAAACUUACAAAUAUUACUUUCUUUUUAGCUUUAAAAAUUAAUCUGAUAGACCGAAUUGGAUUGCCACUAGUAAAACGGUGUAUAUCAUUGUUAUUGUUAUUGAAGAUUUUUUUAGUGUGGUAGUGGG